AUGACUCUGACGGAACAAACCGCCGUUUCCGUACCGCCCAGUCCCGCAAGUCCCCCUGCGGGCGGCUCUCUUCAUUCUGAAAGUAACCUUAUCCCGAGAAUUGUGUCAUUUAGUGAUGAUUCUCUUCUCCAGGUUCCACUGGAUACUUCUAUCGUGGACCGGCUCCUGGCGACGGGACCACUGGGCCCACAAACGGACUUUUCAUCAAUUGCCAAUAUGUUGCCCUCCAAGCACUCCAUCAUAGUUACCUGCCAAGACGAAAAUGGCGAAGGAGACCUGGACGAGAACCUGAGCGAAGACCUGGACGACGAUAACGAAGAAAGUUUGGAUCAGCCGCUUGAAAUCCUCACCAGCAAGUCCAAAAGAUCGUCUUCAACAUCUAAUGAUAUGAUCUAUGAGCGAGACCGCUUUCGGGCCAGAUUCGAGAGCUUCAACUCUCCAAAAAACGGUACAGUCAUCUCUGAAGAACACUCAGAGAAUGCAGAGGAAGAGUGUGAGGUGUGCUGCCAAAUCCUGACAAAGACAAAGAAAGUGGAUGUGGCCAUGCGUCCAGACCUGCUGAUGUCAUCGUCGACAUCUUCGACCGACUCGGUGUUGGAACUGCUCUUCAAUUAUUCCAUCAAGGAAACUGUAUCUCCGCUUUCCACAAGCUCGCAGUUCUUCAAGAACCAUCUUAAUCCGCUUAUGGCCACCUCUCCCGCAGAGGUUUUGUUUAACCUCCGCUCUAUCACCCCACCCCAGCUUACGCUGGUAUUCCAGUGGUACUUCAACAAGCCACUACCGUCCACUACCAGAAUGUUCCCUUGGCUCCACGGCCUCCACAAGGAUAACUUUACCCAGCGGUCGUUCUUCAUUUCACAACAAAUCAGCCAGGGUGCGAGCAUGCCAGGAACACCUGUCAACUUUGAUGUCGAAGAAGAGAGACCAGCCAAUGCUCGGUUUGUGAUGUGUGUAGAGAGCAGCGAAAUUGGAGGUUUUGGAUCAAUUGAUUCGGAAAGCGACGAGUCUUGUGUCUCGUCUCUGAAAUUGCUCCGAAACACUGUCUCCAUGGAUGAGAUUCUUCAGAGAAUUCAGUACUCAAGAGCGGAAGUUAUUUCUAAGGUAAGGGCCCUUAUCUUUGCUGCUUUUCCUCCAGAGAAGUAUUCUGCUCGAAACAUCCUGGAUUUGACUGAUUUGAUCGUUCGUGACUGCUUUGAGACUGGCCACAUGCCAGUUCUUCUCAACCUUGACCCAGAUAGAGGCGUUUCGCUUCGAAACUUUCAUAUUCAGGUUGCUAAACUGGCUAAAUGCUCUGACUUUGUGGUUUAUUGUUUUGAGAAGGAACAUCACUUGAACAGAUGUAAAUGCCACUCCGUCUCCCGUCUCCUCAAGCUUGCACAAAUGAGCGAUAAAGUAGGUCUCUCUCAGUUCAACGUUUUUCUCUUCAAUGCAAACGGAAACGGUCUUGAGAAGAAAUACCCAGAGCUCUUCACCAUGAGGGACAACUCCCCAAUCUUAAAUGGACUGGAGGCCUCCAAAAAGACCCAACUUACUUUGAACAGCAUGGUCACUCUCAAAUCUGACACAUUCACUGUGUGGGAAUCUGACUACCAAGUGAAAGAGAAGGUUGAAACCACCAGGAUGUCAGCUGCUACUCGGCUACUUAAGAAUGUAUGGUUAGGAAACAUCUGGGACCACCAAAUCAUGAUGCAUUAUUGGCUCUCACAGGAAGGGGAAAACGAGGUUCCGUUCGAUAUCAACAUUUCUACCCCCGAGAAAAAUGGGAACAUCUACUGCGAUCCUGAAAACUCAUGUUUGACCAGGGACUCAUUCGGCCCCACCGAAAACCUUAUUUCAUUCCUUCCACCACCCAGGGCACAUUGGAAGUUAUUUAUUCACUGCCAUAAUGAUGCACGGUUUCCAGAUGCAGAGACCCUUGGCGAUCUUUUGUUCAAGUACACCAUCAGUUCGCGUAAAGCCAAUGAUGUGGACGAAAUCAUUCACUUGGAAUUUCCUUCCUCGGGCUCAAUUGGGUUCGGUGAUUGCAAACAGGAUAAUUUAAUGAGUAUAGUCAACACUUGCAAACUCCUCUACUUAUACUCAUCCUCGAUGGCCGAGGGCAGUUUGGCUGCUUUGAUAUAUUCCUCGGACGGAUACACAGAGCUGUCUCUCCUCACAUUCUGUUAUCUUAUGUAUGCAGAAGAUCUCUCUUUAGAGGAAGCCAUGCUUCGCCUCCAUAAGGAUUACGGAAGACCAUUCUAUAUUUUCAACAGCGAUGUGCUCGUCCUUCAGAAGUUGCAAAUAUUAUUGAGAAGAUUCAGCCCUGUUGCUUUAAAGAACCGCAUAGACUGGGGAAGCCAAGAAGCGAUUUCAUGUCAAGAAAUCAACGAAAUCUUGCUUGGCAGAACCAAUUCUGUGCCCAGCAAAGGCAUUCCAAACCGACUUAAAUUGGGAUACAUCGCCAAUGACUCAGACGAGGACAGCUCAGACUCUGAUGGUGGAUCAGAAGAUGAUAUCAAUGACACCUCUUCUUUUCUCGACAGGAGCUGGGUCGAGGAGGUGGAAGGUUCAUUCCCGUCCAGGAUAUUGCCUUACCUUUAUCUAGGAUCCCUAAAACAUGCCAACAGUUUAUCUCUCUUAAGCAAGCUUGGUAUCAAGAAGGUGAUUUCUGUUGGAGAGGAGCUUGACUGGCUAAAUGGAUACAAGUUCCAGCAUAAUAACGAUAUAAUUGUCGACGAGGUGGACAACGGAAACAUCGAGUUGUUCAAUAUCACACCCAAGAAUACUAGCUACAACAGAUACAAUAGCAAGUGUUCUGUUGAAGGUGUGGUCAAGAUCAACAACCUCCAGGAUGACGGAAUUGACGAGCUCACGAAAUCUUUGCCACAGAUUUUGGAGCAAAUUGAUCUUGAGUACCGAAAGACAAAGGGUAAUACCAAGAUCUUGGUACACUGCAGAGUUGGAGUCUCCAGAUCUGCCACCGUGGUAAUUGCAGAGGUGAUGAGAAGACUCGGGUUGAAUCUUCCUCAAGCAUACUUGUAUGUUAGAGUACGCCGAUUGAACAUUGUUAUUCAGCCAAACUUGAGGUUCAUGUACGAACUCUUCAAAUGGGAGGAACAAGAGCGUGCCAUUAAACAGAGAACAGACAAAAAUCUUAAUUUGAGAGAGAUUGAUUGGUUUGUCAUGUGUCGGGAGAUUAAGAAAUUGAAUCUUCCAUUCCUACAGAACUGA